CUCUUGCGGCCUCUUUAGAGAGCUCUCCGUACUCUCAAAACGGCUUCCGUUCUGCCUCUACUCAUGGCUUUCCUGCUGGGCGACUUGACGGGUCCACGUCCACCCCAGGGUCAGGGUCUGGCAUUCCUCUUCUUGGGUGUCUCGACAGUUCGACACCAGGGUCGUUCACUGUGUCCCACGUGUCCCACCUCUCUCCUCUGCCGUCUCCCGCUGUCGGCAAGCCGCUUGUGUCGGCCAGCAUGCCGCGUGCCGAAAUGGGCUCUCAGUCCGCUGAAAGGGCUCUAAUCUCAACCAGUACUACCAGUCCUGCUGAAAUGACCUUUGAGUCGGCUGAAAAGCCACUAGUAUCCGGCAGUGGGAGCCGAGCCGAGGUGCUUCGUCUGCGGUCGCAGCUGCGGCGGCGGGACGAUAUAAUCUUUUCCAUGCAGGCGCGGAUGGCGGUCUUGGAGGAGGAGAAGCGGAGGGCGGAGAGUGAGACUGCGAGUGCUGUGGCAGCAGCAGCAGCAGCGAGGGAGGGCGCGAAAGCAGCAGAAUCACAGCUGCAGGGGCGAGACGAGGUGAUCUUUUCCAUGCAGGCGAGAAUGGGAGUGUUGGAGGAAGAAAGGCGGAGAGCGGAGGGGAAGAUUGCCGCUGCUGUGGCUGCAGCCACGGCUGCGAGGGAGGAGGCGAGAGCAGCAGUGGCUAGGAUGCGUGAGGCGUUGGAGGAAGCUGCUGCAGGGGGGGCUAGGGCCCAGAGGGGAGGGUGGGGAGGAGAGGAUGAGAAGGAGGAGGUGGAGAGGGACAUGGAGAGGGAAGUGGAGAGGCGAGUUGCUGCUGUGACUGAGGCUCUGCUGGGGAGAUUGCAGGAGAGUGAGAAGAGGGCGGAGGAGAGUGAGAAGAGGGCGGGGGAGAGUGAGUCUAUAGCAAAGGAGAGUGAGAGGAGGGCAGUGAUGUGGGAGGAGAGGGAGAAGGAGGCAGUUGCCGCUCUGAAAGCCAGUCAGCGGGAGCUGGCAGCCGCACAGCAGGCACUCUCUGCUGCCCUGGAAGAGCUUGCUGGGGCUCGUGCUACAGCAGCAGCUUUUGACGCGUCUCAGGAUGUAGCAUUAGCACAGCAGGCGCUCUCGGCUGCCUUAGAGGAGCUUGCUGAUGCCCGUGCUACAGCAGCAGCAGCACAGGAGCGGGUGCACGAGUUAGAGGAGCAGAAAGCCAAAGGAGGGCAGCAGCAGCAGCUGGAAAGCUCAGCUGGCGUUUCCGGUGCUGCUGCUGUUGCUACAGCUGCUCCUGCUGGCCCCGCUGUGAGUCGUGCUUCUGCUGCCGCGGAUGCAUCUGGUAUGAGGGAUUCUUCACACCAACAACCCCAGCCCGAGCUUCCGGCAUCUGUUAUGGGGGAUUCUUUACACCAACAACCCGAGCCUCUGGAAUCCGUGCAGCUGACGGAGCGACACCUGGACGACAUCCGAGCCUUGCUGGCGGAUUACCGAGCCUUGGAGUCCGCUCUGUCGGAGGCUCGGGAGGAGUGCCGAGCCUUGGCGACAGCUAAGGAGGAGGGGGAGCGGGCCAUGGCACAGGCGCUGGCAGAGCAUGCAGAGAUGGCGGAGGAGGUGGGGAGGAUGGAGGGGGAGAUCAAGAGGCUGAGGAAAGAGUUGAGUGGGAGAAGCAUAGCAGAUGGAGAGGGCAGGGCGUUUGGUCAGUGGAAUGACGACGGGGAACACGAGACGGUGGAGGGGAUGGGGAGAAGGGAUGGGGGAGUGGAAGGGGAAGUGGUGGGGGAAGUGAGAAGACUGAGGGAGGAGUGCUGGGCCUUGAGGGCAGCUAAGGACGAGGGGGAGCGGGCCAUGGCACAGGCGCUGGCUGAACAUGCGGAGAUGGUGGAGGAGGUGGGGAGGAUGGAGGGGGAGAUCAUGAGGCUGCGGGCUGAAGAGAGGGAGAAAGCAGCAGAACUGGGUCUUCAGAACGGAUGGCUGAGGGAGUGGCAGAGGGGGGAGCAGAGGGAGCAGAGGGAGCAGAGGGAGCAGAGGGAGCAGAGGGAGCAGAGGGAGGAGCAGAGGGAGCAGAGGGAGGAGCAGAGGGAGCAGAGGGAGGAGCAGAGGGAGCAGAGGGAGGAGCAGAGGGAGCAGAGGGAGCAGAGGGAGGAGCAAAGGGAGCAGCAGAGGGAGGAGGGAACCACUGUUGCUGGAAGCCAAGAGGAGCAAACACGUGGGGCUGGCCUGGCAGUAGCGGGUGAGAGGAAGCUAGAGGCCGUGGGGGGCACUGUUUGGGAAAAUAUACCUUAUUUGCAGCGAGGGCAGGCGGUUUCAGAUGGACGAGUGGAAGAGGAGGGGGGAGGACGAGUGGAAGAGGAUGAGGAUGAGGGGGGAGGAAAACGAGCGGAGUUUUCAGCUGAGGCAGCAGCAGCAGGAGCAGCAGACAGAGCAGCACUGGUGACGGAUUUGGCAGAGACGUUUCAUCGAGUUACUGUCCAUGAGAAUCAUAUUUACGUACCUGCUGCUGCUGCUGCUGCUGCUGCUGGACUUAGUACUGAAGGUGUGCCUGGUGGUGCUGGCUUAGCUGCAAGCUCUAGUUUCACUUCAGGCAGUGGCUCUGCUUCGCACAUAGCUGCUGCUGCUGUGGGAGACGAGGGUGCAUCAGAAGUUGCAGCAGCAGCAGUCUUGGCCAAGCUCCUUGCUGCUGCUGAGCAGGCGCUCUUUUUCCAGGGUGAUUUCCCCGGCGAUGCCCCUGAAAUGUCUUCCAGGGAGAUGGUUGAACAUGGAUACAUUUCUCGGGGUGCAGGAAAGGGGAAAGUUGUGGGGGAAAGGGAUGGUCAAGCAAGAGCAGGAGAGAGGAGAGAAGAAUCAAAUCUCCACUCACUCGGGGUGGAGGGCGACUCUAGUGUUCUUAAAAGGGUAAGGGAGGAUGACAGUAUCGAGUAUUUGCUAGAGAACUCUGAUUCAAGCGUGAGCCGGCACAGGGGGCCUGAGGUGGCAGCACUAGGGUUUCACAUAGGCAGCAGCGGUGCAGUGGGUAUGGUUGCUAGGGGUGAUGGCGCUGGUGGUGCUGCUCGUAGCGCUGCUGGUGUCACUACUGCGUCCUCCCCCCUGCUUAGCCUGCUCUCUCCCCAGGAAGUGAGUCUGCUGCGACAGCACGCCAUGCAGCUAAGGAUGAGAGCAGCGCAUAGAGGGGCAGCACGCAGAGGAGGUGCAGGGGUAAAGGGAGCAGCAGCAGGAGCGAGUGGCAGGGGAGGGGAAGGCACGGAGCAUGGUGGAUAUUCUGUAAGUGGAGAGGGGGGCAGCAGCAGUACUGCAGUCGUGGGUGCGGUGACUGGUCACGCUGCAGAGGUAACAACAGAAGCCACGGAAGCAGCAGCUGCAGCAGCAGGAGGACCGGCAAGAGAGCAGCAGGGCAGCCGGCCUUUUUUCACAUUCACCUCGUCUUGCGAUGAUGCCUCACGUGCAGCAAGGGGUCCAUUAGCUGGCCUGUUGUCCUCCAGGAGAGAAGGGACGGUGCUGGGUGGGAGGAUGGGAGAAGGUAGGGGAGCGAUGAUUAGGGGAGCGAUGUUUAGGGGAAGCAGAAGUAGCACCAGGUUUCACCAGCAGCAGCAGCAGCAGCAGCACCAGCAUCAACAUUCUCGAUCCCUAAAUCUGAGAGAAAGCAGUGGACGUUUUGUGCUUGUGCCUGACAGCAAUGAUCCCAGCAAGAAAAGGUGGCAGUGGGAAAAGACUGGUCCUAGAAGCAGCAGGAGCAGGAGCAACAGAAUAUCUGUUUUUCCUGGGUCUGCUGAUGCCGGUGCUGGUAAUGAUGGGAACUGUGGAAACGGUGGGAACGGUGGAAAUGGUGGAAAUGAGAGAAAUGGUUCGACUGGUGCUGCUGUUUUAGCAGGGGCAACUGGCUCUGCUGGCUCGGGUGCUUCUGGCGUCUCAAUUGCGUCUGGUGGUGGUUUGGGUGGCUCUGGGGGCUCUGGUGGUUCUGGUAAUGGCAGCAGUGGUGUUGAGGCUGCAUCAGCUGCUGCUGUUGCACUGGUGAGUGGCGGUGUUGGGGGACGAAUGAGUGAACAGGUUCCUGCUGUAGUGGAUAGCACAUCAGCUGCAGCAGCAACUGUCCUGCCAACGACAGCAGCAGGUGAUUCUCAAUCUAAAGAAGUUGGAAGAUAUCUCUGGAACCUUCUAGAUGACAUGUAGGGUCUUAAUUUUUAGAGAGUAAAUAUUGUGUUGGAUUGUUUACUUUCGUUGACAUACACUGGAUUCUUGUUUUAUGAGCAAUUGGA